CUGAGUUCCAAACAGAGCCUAGAAAUGAAUCUUCGAAUUGGGUUCACUUCGUCAAGUUAUUUGGAGGGAAAAGCUGGAGAGAAUUUCUUGAUUGCAACCAUAUGAGAGAGACAGAAAAACAACAACAACAAUCAAUCUGGAGCCCAAGAGAGAAAAAAUGCCUUUUUCUCCUGCAACACAAGAGGAACAACACCAGAGCUUCUCUCCUCCAAAUCCACGCCUUCAUCCUCCGCGGUGCCCUCGAAACCAACACCAACCUCCUCACCAAGUUUAUCACCACCUGUUCUUUAGGUGUCGGCAUUCAUCACGCUCGUCGCGUGUUUGACCAAAUGCCUCAAAAAGACGACACUUACCUCUGUAACACCAUGAUUAGAGCUCACCUAGAAACACGCCAGUUUGUCGAAUCUAUCAGUUUGUAUCGACAACUUAGGAGGCACUCGGGUUUUUCGCCCGAUAACUAUACGUUUUCAUGGUUAGCCAAGUCUUGUGGUCUGAGUUUGGCCAAUUGGGAAGGCCAGCAGAUACAUAAUCAUGUGACUAAAACUGGGUUUGGGUCGAAUUUAUUCGCGUCCACAUCUUUGGUUGACAUGUACACGAAAUUUGGGGUGAUGGGUUGUGCUAGAAAGGUGUUCGAUGAAAUGACUGAAAGAAGUCUGGUGUCUUGGACAGCUCUAAUUUGUGGGUAUGCGCGGAAUGGAGAUAUGGACAAUGCGAAGGAACUUUUCGAUCAGUCACCGGAGAAAGAUUCAGCUGCAUAUAAUGUGAUGAUUGAUGCCCAUGUCAAAUUGGGAGAUAUGGUGUGUGCUAGGCGAUUGUUUGACGAAAUGCCCGAAAGGAAUGUGGUAUCUUGGACUAACAUGAUUGAUGGGUUUUGUAAUAUUGGUGAUGUUGGUUCUGCUAGAUUGCUAUUUGACACAAUGCCCGAGAAGAAUUUGUUCUCUUGGAAUUCAAUGAUUGGGGGGUAUUGCCUAAAUAAACAGCCGGAUGAAGCAUUGAGACUCUUUCAUGAAAUGCUAACCACAACGUCGUUUGAACCCGAUAAAGUUACCGUUGUUAGUGUCCUUCCUGCUAUUGCUGAUUUGUGUGCUUUGGAUUUGGGUGGUUGGGUUCACCAGUUUGUGAAGAGGAAGAAGCUUGAUAGAGCAACAAACGUUUGCACUGGGCUGGUAGAUAUGUAUGCCAAGUCAGGUGAAAUUACAAAAGCAAGACAAGUUUUUGACGAGAUGCCUGUAAAGGAAACGGCUACUUGGAACGCUUUGAUAAAUGGGUUGGCAGUCAACGGACGGGCUGAAGAAGCAUUGGAGGUGUUUUUGAAAAUGACACGUAGUGGAUUCAAACCGGAUGAGAUAUCCAUGCUGGGUGUCUUAUCUGCCUGUAACCAUAAUGGUUUGGUGGAGGAAGGGAAGAUGUGGUUUAAAGCAAUGGGAGAAUUCGGUCUCACGCCAAAAAUUGAGCACUACGGUUGUAUGGUAAAUUUGUUGGGUAGAGCAGGGUGUUUAGAGGAAGCUGAGACGUUAAUUGACAGUAUGCCUUACGAGGCUAAUGGGAUAGUAUUGAGUUCUUUUCUAUUUGCAUGUGGGUGUGCCAAGGAUGUUGAAAGGGCAGAGAGAAUAAGAAAGAGGGUUAUUAAUAUGGAGCCGUGGAAUGAAGGGAACUAUAUAAUGUUCAGGAAUUUGUAUUCCAAGGAGAGUAGAUGGAAAGAUGUGGAGGAAAUCAAGGGACUGAUGAGUCGAGGUGGUGCAAAGAAAGAGGCUGGUUGUAGUGUUAUCGAGGUUAAUAGUAGGUUGUGGGAGUUCAUAGCUGGGGAUAAAGUGCACCCACAGUGGGAGGCAAUACAUUCUUCCUUGGGGAAUUUGUGGAUGCACAUGAAGGGAGAAUGACGUGCCAAAUUUUUUGUCGAAGGCUGGGCAAACCACAAGCUAAAAUGGCAACAGAUCUAUGCGAUGCUCAAUGGAGUCCUUUUUAGUACAAGGAACAAAAGCAGGAUUUUUGCUUAAUGGAAUUGGGGCCUUUUUUUGCUUGAUCAAGUCAUUCAACCAAAUUGAUUGGUCCUGAAGCAUUUUAAGUGGCAUGUUUGGGUCUAGUGGGGAGGCCACACAGAUUUCCAAGCAAAGCUUUUAAUUCCUCGUCAAUGGAAGAUCUUGAUAGAAUUGGUAUUCAGAUAUUCACUUGCCGUUGAAGUCUGCCGGGUAUAGUUGGACAAAAAAAAGAUGAAAAAGAGGUGGUUUGGAAUUUAUCUCAAACUUGGGGUGGCCAAACCACCAUGGAGUUUCCUCAUUGAGGAUCCAACGGUGGCGAAUUACAGGAAUUUACCCCAAAAAAAAAAAGAAAAGAAAAUGAAGUACGAAGUCAAUCUCUCUCUCUCUCUCUCUCUCUCUCUCUCUCUCUCUCUCUCUCUCUCUCAAGUUUCAAGGCAGGUAUCAGAAUCCUAAACAUUAGAGUGUUAAACCUGGUCAUGGAUACCUUGCUUGGGCAGACAAUUUGAACUGGAAAGUUGCAAGUCAUUCCCUUUGCUUUUCUCAUUUGGCUCUCAAUAUAAAUGUUCUAGCCCAAGUUCAUCUAUAAUUCCAUAUUUGCCAGAUGGGGAUCAUCAUGAGCGUCAUCGUGGGAAAAGGUUUGCGAUCUCCUUCGUCUUUAUGUGCGCUCUUAUUUGUAUCAUUUUUUUCUUCUUAAGUAGUAAAAUAUUGCCAUUUCUGUUACAUAGAUUAGCUUUUCACAAUUCACACCGGUUAUGUGUAUACCUUGGCUGUUUGAAUG